UUCACCCUGUGUGGCAAAAGGUAUAGAAGUUAAUACAAGGUAAUGAAAUGCAUUGAAACCAAUGAAAUUCUGUGUUUAUUUCUUGAAAUUCUUGAAAUUCUGUGUUUAUUCCUUGGGCAGGGAAUAGAAGAAACCAUCCAAAAAACAAUCUUUGGCUUUCCUGAGGGUAAAUUCAUGUAAAUUUAUACUUUUCUUUUAUACCUUAAGACUUCUCUACCCCUUUCCUGUUUGGCUUAGGUAAUUAAUUUCCAGUCCAGCUUGUCAGGCAGUAACUCCUAAUAGUGCUGAUCAGAAAAUGGGUAUUGGAGCCCCACUUUUUCUAGAUACCAGACUGAUAAAGGUAAAUUAAGUCCUACCUGAUCAAUCUCCUAACGUGGUGAAAAGCUUAGGAGAGGCUCCCUGUCAGGUGGGGUCUCCUCUGAGCCUGUAGAAGCAGGAGGGAUUAAGGAUUUCUGUCUCACUCCAGUUGUUGGAUCGGGGGCAGUCAGGACCGUGUGUGGCUGCCAUCCAAAACUGAAGGGGAAUCCCCAUCUCCACCUGACACUGAUGGCUCAUCAGGUGAAGACCACAGAGCCCUCAAAAGUGCCCCUAAUGUGUUGGAUGGGCCACGCCUGGCACAUGCCCCACUCUGAAAGCACUGAGCACUGCACCUCUCCCAUCCUUGUGUGAUGAGCCCAGAGCCCUCCCUCUGACCACCACACCUCUCCCAUCCAUGUGUGGUGAGCCCAGAGCCCUCCCUCUGAGCACUGCACCUCUCCCAUCCUUGUGUGGUGAGCCCAGAGCCCUCCCUCUGAGCACUGCACCUCUCCCAUCCUUGUGUGGUGAGCCCAGAGCCCUCCCUCUGACCACCACACCUCUCCCAUCCUUGUGUGGUGAGCCCAGAGCCCUCCCUCUGAGCACUCCACCUCUCCCAUCCUUCUGGUGGUGAGCCCAGAGCCCUCCCCCUGAGCACUGUACCUCUCCCAUCCUUGUGUGGUGAGCCCAGAGCCCUCCCUCUGAGCACUGCACCUCUCCCAUCCUUGUGUGGUGAGCCCAGAGCCCUCCCUCUGAGCACUCCACCUCUCCCAUCCUUCUGGUGGUGAGCCCAGAGCCCUCCCCCUGAGCACUGUACCUCUCCCAUCCUUGUGUGGUGAGCCCAGAGCCCUCCCUCUGAGCACUGCACCUCUCCCAUCCUUCUGGUGGUGAGCCCAGAGCCCUCCCUCUGAGCACUGCACCUCUCCCAUCCUUCUGGUGGUGAGCCCAGAGCCCUCCCUCUGAGCACUGCACCUCUCCCAUCCUUGUGUGAUGAGCCCAGAGCCCUCUCCCUGAGCACUGCACCUCUCCCAUCCUUCUGGUGGUGAGCCCAGAGCCCUCCCUCUGAGCACUGCACCUCUCCCAUCCUUGUGUGGUGAGCCCAGAGCCCUCUCCCUGUGCACCAUGGAGCCCUCAGCUCACAGCCAGGAGACCACCACCCCUCCCAGAAUGAAGGCAGCAGAGUUAAAUGACGCUGUGUACAACAAGGAUAAAGCAGCCGUGCUGAAGCUGCUGGAGCAAGGGGCAGAUGUGAAUUCCAAGGCCGGCAGUGGCUGGACACCCCUGCAGACUGCAGUGAGAAUCGAUGAGGAGGAGCUGGUCCGGCUUCUGCUGGCCAGGGGAGCCUCUGUGCACGCCAGGAAGGACAAUGGGGGCACUGCCUUUAUUGAGGCAGGGAUUGCAGGGAACGUGGAGGUCCUGGAGCUCCUCCUGGAGCGUGGCUCCUCCAUCCAUGAGCAGGACAUCAACGGCUUCACGGCCUUCAUGGAGGCUGCGUGGUACGGGAAGGAGGAAGCCUUGAGGUUCCUGUACAGCAGAGGGGCAAAGGUGAAUUUGAGGAGGGAACCCAGCCAGGAGAAAGCCAAACUGCACAAAGGAGGGGCCACAGCGCUGAUGGACGCUUGCAGGGAGCGCCAAUUCUCAGCUGUGAAAAUCUUGGUCCAGGAGAUGGGGGCUGAUGUGAACAUCCGUGACAACAGGGACAGGAAUGCCCUGAUCCACGCCCUAAAAAAAGGUUCAGGCAAAAGAAAGCACGAGUCACCUGUGCCCAUAGUUUGCUUCCUGCUGGAGCACGGUGUGGAUGUGAAGAGCAAAGAUGAAUGUGGGAAAACUGCCCUCAUCCUGGCUGUUGAAAUGGAGAGCCCGGAGCUGGUGACAGCUCUGUUGGAGAAGGAUGAGAUAGAUAUUGAUGAUGCAGAUGAGGAGGGCAACACAGCCCUGAUGGUGGCUGUGGAGAAAGAUGAUUGCAGAAUAGCAAGGUUGUUGUGUGAAAAGGGAGCGAGGACGGAUCUGGGGAACCUGAUUGCAGUUGCAAGGAGGAAUCGUUCUCCCAGCAUGGAAAACCUUCUUCGUGAGCACAACGUCAGGCUUGUUCCAGAGACCCCCAGAGCCUGGGAGCCAAACAGCAAACGCUGGAGGGCCCAGCUGAUAAACCUUGAUCAAAUGUAUCGCCCCAUGAUUGGCAAACUGAAGACAUUUCCAUACAUCCAGCAGAAAAUUCAGGAUGGCAUCUACCUCGGGCUCCACGGAGGGACAGAGGUGGCAGUGCAAAUAACCCGCAGUGCAGAGGGUGACAAAGAGAAAGAGUUCCUUGAGAAGUGUUCUCACAGCGAACAUCUACUGAAGCUCUUCCAGUCUGAGAAGGAAAAAGGCUGCAUGUACUUGUGCUUCCCACUCUGGGAGAAAAACCUCCAGGAGUACCUGCAGGACCCUGAAGGCCAGAAGGAUUACAAAGCUGCUCUGAAGAUCAUCUUCCAGGCACUGAGAGAGCUGCACUCCCUCGGAUUUGCUCACCAGGAUCUACAGCCCAGGAACAUCGUGAUAGAUCUAGGUGGCAAAAUUUACUUGGCGGACUUUGGUAAUAAAAGAAGGUCGAUUGAAGGCCAAGAAGAACUUGUAAAGUCUGAUUUACAGGCCCUGGGCAGGCUUGUGCUCUACGUUUUAACAGGGGGUAGGAAACCCCUCCAGCAAGUUGGCAUUGAGGAUUUGGCUCCCAAUUCCCCAGAUUACACAGAGGCUCUGGACCUUGUACAAAGCCUGUCCUCUCCUGAUGAACGAGGCUUGGAAGGGUUGAGCAAACAUCCCUAUUUCUGGAGCAAUCAGAGCAGGUUCAACUUCCUGAAGAGUAUAUGGAAUAAAAUCAAAGAUGACCCAAACAAAAAAAGAAUUUUUCAACAUCCUAAUGUCACUAAGAAAGCUUUUCCUUAUCCACAGUGGACCAAAAUGAUUGACGGAGAUAUUUUACAUGUCAUGGAAAAUCCCAGGAAUGCAAAGUCUACCAAAUACAGAAAUAAUGUCAUCCAACUCCUGAGGCUCAUGAGAAACAUGGAUGAACACAAAGAUGAAAGCAUCAGCAACAAAAUAGGGGACUAUGCUGAGUAUUUCCUGGGGGUUUUCCCAGAACUCACCAUCUAUGUGUACAACAGCUUACGGCAGAACCCCGGGUGCAGCCACCUCGCAGACUUCCAGGAGCCUUCUCUGUAGGAUGCCACUGCCUCCUGUCCCAUGUCUGAUCCCACCAUCACUCCUUUUAUUUCUUAUUUAUUCACCUCAAAAAGAGCUGAAGAGGUGGGUAAGGAGAUGGGAUAAAGCACACCCAGGGACAGAGUAUGGAGGACUUGAAGUAGGAAAGAUUCCAAAGAGUUUGGUAUAACAACCACGAGCUUGGGAUGCUCUGAUUUGCACUGUGAUUAUAUGUUGCUUAUGGAAAUAUUUUUCAUGUGUUGAAAAGGUUGUUUUUAUCAGGUUUUUGUGGGGUUUUUUGGUGGGCUUUUUUUUCUUUUGUUUUGGUUUUGGUGUUUUUUUGUUGGUUUUUUUUUUUUUUGUUAGGUGGUUUGUUCUUUUUUGGGGUUUUUUUGUUUUGCCUUUUUGUUUGUUUGUUUGUUUGUUUGGUGGGUUUUGUGCGUCUGUUUUUUGCAUUUGGGGUUUUUUUUCCCCAAACACAGAUUGUUAUUCUUUCAAUGACCCCAUGGAGAAAAAAACUUGAAAUAAACUCAAAGAGAAAAGUGA